AUGUCAACUGAAUAUGUGCAGACACCACGUGAGAUCUCCGAAGACAGACUGGAGGGGCGAGACAGUCGCUGCGGCCACAUAAAUGAUCUUUCUGAACAGUUACUUAAAAGCUGUGAACUCAAAAAGAUACCGAGAAAGGGGACAGUUCUCCAGGUCUCUCAGAAAAGUGACCUGGAACAAAAAAAACCAAAAAGAAAAGACACACCGGCAAUUCAUACCCCACCACCCAUACCAGGCAUCCUUUCAGAUCACUUAAUCAGAAGGUGUGACAUCUCUGAGAAACUACCAAAAAGUCACACCGGUCCAGCACUCCAAAAAUCGGAUCAAGAACAGAAAAAACCCAGAAGAAAAAACACACCCGCAAUCAAUACACCACCUCGACUUGCCGGUGUCCAACUACUUAAAGAUGGGGAGCAGGCGGUGAUUGUUGAAGAUGAAGAAACGGAUGCUGAAAUUUCACCUUUCUAG